AUGACCGAUGGCUCAAUUCUGAUGGACGAGCUAGCAGCUUUGGAGUUCGCAGACACCAAGAGCUUCGAACCGGUACCGAUAGCCUACAAGCCCCAUAUUCCACGCGCUCCUCGCGGGCUGCAAACGCAACAUUACAUGUGCGGGGAGUGUGGAAAGGGGUACAAAUGGAUGGCGAACCUGCGCAGACAUCAAAGACUCGAAUGCGGAAAGCUACCAAAGUAUCACUGUCGAAUGUGCAGGAAAGACUUUUACCGGAGAUACGAAUUGACCAAUCAUUAUAACACCAAGCACACCGUGAGCAACAGCCUCUACGGGAACGAAAACACGACGCAGAAGGAUUCGACGACCACCUGGCCGGACCUCACGAGUUUGAGGGCGUCAGGCAAUCAGGCGGAUCGGUUGAACGAGUGGUUCGUGAAGGAAGAGAUCAAGUACGAGAUGCCGCAAUCUCUGUACCAGUACGUAGCCAGCAAUUACGAAAUGCCGAAAGCGCAAGAACGGAAAAAGCCGACGAAGAACGUCGUCUGCGAGGAAUGCGGCAAAAGCGAGUGUAUGGAGGUGAUCGCGGAGAAGGGCCAAGAGGACGACGCGGACGUUUGCGAGGUCUCGUUCCACGGGCAGCUGCCAAUGAGCUACCUGCUGUGCGACUCGUCCAUACUGAGCACCGCAGAGACGAGCGUGGCGCAGAAAAACGUCAAGUCCCACCAGCAGUUCCGUUGCGACGGUUGCGGCAGAACUUACACGCGAAUGGACAGCCUGAAACGACACCAGGGCAAGUGCGACGCUUCGUUGGAGAAGCUGCAAGAGGAGGUCGAGUGGCUUCAUCGGCAGAAGUUUUAUUGCAAUCAGUGCGGAAAGGGUUACAAAAGGUUGGACACCUUGAGGAGGCACCAGAGGCUCGUCUGCGUCGACAAAGACAGCGCCUCCGGCGGUGCCGAGGAGGCCCGUGUGUACGACGCGUUGUGGAUGAUGGAGAAGAAGGCACGAUACCUAGAAGAACGUAGACAGUUCGUUGGGAAAUACGCGUCGAAAGACGCGGGUGAAUCGACGGAAACAUCGGGCAUGGGUCGACGUUACGGGACGCAUUUUUAUGGCGACGUUCUCCAAGCCGAACACGUCUGCACGGCUUGCGGGAAGAGGUACAAAUGGUUGGACAGCUUGAAGAGGCACACCAGGGUCGACUGCGGCAACAAGGAGAAGAAAUUCUCGUGUCACAUGUGCGACAGGAAGUUUAAAUAUCGAUACGAGAUGCGAAAUCACAUCGUCGCGCACCACGGAAAACAAUGGUACAUACUGGAUGGUCGCGUCGCGUCGCGAAUCUUGUCGAGUCUUCAAGUGGCGAACGUCCAUCCAUGCCAGUGCGGAAAGGUUUACAAGCACAGUAGGAAUUUAAGAAGACACCAGUCCACGGAGUGCAGCCAAAACAAGAAACGACAUUCGUGCGUUCAGUGCGGGAAACAUACGUUCUCCAUGUUGCAGCUGCCGUAUAGCAUAUCUACGGGACUGCAACCCUACGGUUCCGGUGCCAAUCAUCCCCAGCUCGAUAUGAAAUCGACGCGUUGCGACGGAAACACCAUGAACAUUUGUUUCGGUUGUGGAAAGAGAUACAAAUGGAGGGACAGCUUGCUGAGGCACCAAAGGGUCGAGUGUGGUAACAAGGAAAAGAAAUUCUGUUGCACACUGUGCCCGAAAAAGUUCUACCACCAGUACAAAUUGAACGAACAUUACCAGGACCGGAACUACUCGCCAGGUGCAGCGAUCGACUGGUACUAUCAGUACCAGACACUGUACUUGCGGAUGAUGGCGGAGAAUCAAAUGGCGGAGAACGUGGCAGCCACGGAGAACAACGAGUGCCCUGGCAAGGAGCAAGACUCCGAGAGUUGCGCCAACGAGCCGAUCGUCCUCGAGAAAACGUCGGAGAAGAGGUUCAACGAGGGCUCGAGAAAUCACGCGACGUUCGGGCCGCGGGAUUCGUCGGAGUAUUCGUGUCCGCGGUGCGGAAACGCUUACGUAAGACUCCAUUCGUUGAACAGGCAUAUCAAGUUCGAGUGCGGCGUAGAGCCGAGAUUCGAGUGCCCCGUGUGCCACAAGAAAUCCAAGCACAAGCAUAACUUAAUACUGCACAUGAGAACGCAUCAGAAAUCUUGA